AUGUUCCAUGAGAACAAAUCGGGGGAUAUAUUCGCGCCACAGACGUGGAUAGACUACGACGGAUGUGAAGUGAUGACGAAUAAGCAAGACGCUGCCUUAGCGGAAUUCUAUACAAGACGAGGUCCUGAAAUAGGAUGGCGUUGUCCGAAGCCGAGUGGAAGAAUAGGCUCCUCUUUCGAUUCGCCGAUUACGGGCCUCAACUGCACAAAGAGUUUGAUGUGCGAAUACUCACUUGAUUGCGAUUAUUGGGACUACAACGAGUUAUGCGAUGUCCCUCUCGAUAAUGUUCCGCUGUACCACCGAAAUUGCGUCGCCAAAGGUUUUAUGCGUGACAAGGCAAUGGGCAGAGAGUCUGACACAACCAUAUGUGAACCCGGAUUAGGCAACUAUUCAAAAUACCCAGGAUGCCCCUCUACUCCAGAGGAAGUCGUGGACUCGACACAAGAGGAAGCUAUGGACUCGACACAAGAGGAAGCCACGGACUCGACACAAGAGGAAGCUGUCGAGGGGCGCCCAGAAAGUAGCCAUGCUCAUGAGUACUAUGCCCGACUAUCCUUCAUCAUGCUCGUCUGGGCGGCAUUCGAUAGUUAUGGCUAUAGGUAA